AUGAGUGUGCGCAAGGCGCAUAACUCUGGGCGAAACCAUUUGAGGAACGUUGUGGAAUAUUACCAACAAAUCGGACAAGAAAAAGCGCAAUCGGUUAUCGACUCGAUCACAUCUUCAUACGCCGCUGAAGGACAAGCUGUCCCUAAUCCCGCAAUGGUUCCUCCGGGCGCUUAUCCGCCUCCCUUCGGAUUCCCGGGUCAAUUACCCCCUCCACCAUUUGGUAUUCCUCCUCCCGGUCCAGGCGGCGCUCCUGGCAUGCCACCUCCCCCUGGAGGACGAGGUCUCCCUUUCCCUCCUCCCUUCCCCCCAGCUUCUGGUGCGCCCGGUCCAGGAGGCCUCCCACCGCUUCCUAACAUGCCCAACAUGGGACCUCCUGGCUCCGUCCCACCCCCGGGCCAAUUCCCUCCCCCGCCAGGCGGCUUUCCUCCCAUCCCUCCGAACUUCCAGGGCGGCGGCGCGCCAGGCUUCCCAUCCAUGCCUGGUGCACCAGGCCAAGGCCCUGCCGGGUUUAGUCCCAGCCCGGGCCCUGGAGUUGCCGGACCACCGGGAGGAGGAGCUGAAGGGUUUGCACCCCAGCCUGGGAUGCCACCAGGGGCGGUUCCUGGACCGCCGCCUGGGCUGGGGGAUCAGAGGUGA